GUCCCUCCCGGCCACACAGCCUCCAUUUUGCGGUGCAGCUGCGGGAGAGAGACCGGAGGCUCCGCGCUUUUCCCUCAGAAUGUCAUACCCAGGUUAUCCCCCUUCUGGCUACCCUGCUUUCCCUGGCUACCCUCCCACAGGACAGGAGUCUGUCUACCCGCCUGCUGGGCAGUACACCUAUCCUGCUGCUCCUGGAGGAUAUCCUCCAGCAGGAGGAGGGAGCUUUCCUGCAGCACCACCCAGUGCUGGGUAUCCAGAGGCAGGAGGAUAUCCUGCCCCAGGGGGUUUCCCUGCCCCAGGGGGCUUCCCUGGAGCUCCCCAGGCUGGAGGAAUGCCAUCUUAUCCUGGAGGCCCUGGGUUUGGAGCGCCUCCCACUGGCCCUGGCUUUGGUGGCUAUCCCCAGCCUCCUGCCCAAAGCUAUGGUGGAGGUGGACCAGCACAAAUUCCUGUAGGCUAUCCUGGUGGACAAGCACCAUCACCAAUGCCUGGUCCGCCUGCAGCAAUGGUUCAGUAUACUCAGGGCACAAUUCAAGCUGCUCCAAACUUUGAUGCUGGAAGGGAUGCAGAAAUUCUGCGCAAAGCUAUGAAGGGGUUUGGGACUGAUGAGAAGGCUAUCAUUGAUGUUGUAUCUAACCGCUCCAAUGACCAAAGGCAAAAAAUCAAGGCAGCUUUCAAGACAAUGUAUGGCAAGGAUUUAAUUAAAGACCUGAAGUCUGAAUUAAGUGGAAAUGUGGAAGAACUGAUUCUGGCACUCUUCAUGCCUAGAACCUACUACGAUGCCUGGAGUUUACGUCAUGCAAUGAAGGGAGCAGGCACGCAGGAGAGAGUGCUGAUAGAGAUCCUUUGCACAAGGACAAACCAGGAAAUACGAGAAAUAGUGAACUGCUAUAAAUCAGAAUUUGGAAGGGACAUCGAACAAGACAUCAGAGCAGACACUUCAGGACACUUUGAACGGUUACUUGUAUCUAUGUGCCAAGGUAACCGGGAUGAGAAUCAAACCGUGGAUUAUCAAAAAGCUCAAGAAGAUGCUCAGCGUCUUUACCAAGCAGGUGAAGGAAAACUUGGGACGGAUGAAUCUUGCUUUAAUAUGGUUCUGGCAAGCAGAAGUUUUCCCCAGUUGAGAGCAACAGCUGAGGCGUAUUCCAGGAUUGCUAAUCGUGAUUUAGCAAGCAGCAUUGAUCGAGAAUUUUCUGGAAACGUGGAACGUGGCUUGAAGGCUAUUUUGCAAUGCGCUUUUGAUCGCCCAGCCUUUUUUGCAGAAAGGCUUUAUCAUGCUAUGAAAGGAGCUGGCACAGAUGAUUCUACCCUCAUCAGAAUUGUAGUCACUCGCAGUGAGAUUGAUCUGGUGCAAAUUAAACAGAAGUUCACAGAAAUGUAUCAGAAGACUCUGGCUACAAUGAUAGCAAGUGAUACAAGCGGCGAUUACAGGCGUUUGCUACUGGCAAUUGUUGGUCAAUAGAAGACAGUUACCUGGUUGUUUGUUUUCUUUUUUAAAACAAACCGAAGGACAUGUAACAUGCUUUAUGCAGACACUGACUACUCUUGUGUGUAAAAGAAUAAUAUAUAAUCAAAUACGCCUUCUUGGUGAUUCAUUAAGCUUUUUGCACUUACACUUGCCUUAAUUUACAGCACAUAUUACUCUUUAUUGUAUAAUAAAAGAUAUAUCUUGUCUACUAGCCCUAAGCUUUAGUU